AAAGAUUCUUAUUCUGAACUGGAUAAUUAUGUCUAUUUGUAAUUACGCCAUUCAUGAGAGCUGAAAUAAGUCGUUUGGGUGGAAUCAAAUAUACGGGAAUGAUUCAUAAAAAAGCAUCGUCAAUGAUUGUGAAGAGUAACAUGCAAGGUAUGUUCGUAGUCACAUGUAUGAUAACGUAUAUUUUCAUGAUAGAAAGUUUAAAUUCACAUAUUUGUCGACAACAAUUGUUUCAAAAAGAUAGCAAUAAGAAGUUCAUACCCGACUACACCUUUUUAUUGGGAUAUGGACACUUGAAAUCUAUUGAAGCACAAUCUGCAACAGAAUGCAACAUCGAAUGUUUGAAAACAUCAAAAUGUGCACAAACAAAUGUUGAGAAGCUAGGAGCCAGAAGAUGGAAUUGUGAUUUAUUUGGUUGGGGUACGGGUCAAACAGAAGAUAGCCCGGACCACCAUCAUUACGUCAUGAUACAUAACGGAUGUGAAAAUGGUUCCAAAUUCUUCUACAAUGGGUCCACCUAUUGUGUCAACCAAGGACCUUUAGGUUGGACAGACGCAGAAAACAAAUGCAUCGAGGAUGGGUCAACUCUGGUUGCCAUAGAAACUGAAGACGAGCAAACAGCCUUGG